CGGACACGCUGACGCAGGUGCCCGCGCCGGCGCGCUCGCCGCGCCGCGGGGCCGCCGGGGUGGUGCCCCCCGCGCGCGCCGCCCGCGGAGGGGCCGCCGGGCGCGCGCCGCCGGCGCGGGCCGGGCUGCUCUGGGCCGAGGGCUCCCUGGCGGCGCGGCGCGCCUCGGGGUGCGCCGCCGCUACGAGGAUCCUGGGCGGCGGUUGUUUGUUCUUCUAUGCCAGCGCAGCGGCAGAGAAGUCGGGUUCUCGACGUACGGGCACUUGACCUACGAGGAGGCGCUGGAGCAGGAGCUCGAGGUCCCAGGAGCCGGGCUUCUGCAAGUGGGUGGUGCGGGAGAGCCAGAAAGACGACGCCAGCGAGAGGUUGACGGACUUCGCCGAGUGGUUGCAGGAGCAGGGGGUCUCGCCGUUCAGUGACGGGCUCGUCGGGUUCUCGAAGCACGCGGACCUGACGUACGAGGAGGCGCUGGAGCAGGAGCCGGGCUUCUGCAAGUGGGUGCUGUGGGAGAGCCAGAAAGACGACGCCAGCGAGAUCCUGAUGGACUUCGCCGAGUGGUUGCAGAAGCAGGGGGUCUCGCCCAUGAGGUCUGGGCUCGUCGGGUUCUCGAAGCACGCGGACCUGACGUACGAGGAGGCGCUGGAGCAGGAGCCGGGCUUCUGCAACUGGGUGCUGCGGGAGAGCCAGAAAGACAACGCCAGGGGGAGGUUGAUGGACUUCGCCGAGUGGUUGCAGAAGCAGGGGGUCUCGCCCAUGAGGUCUGGGCUCGUCGGGUUCUCGAAGCACGCGGUCCUGACGUACGAGGAGGCGCUGGAGCAGGAGCCGGGCUUCUGCAAGUGGGUGCUGCGGGAGAGCCAGAAAGACGGCGCCAGCGAGAUCCUGAUGGACUUCGCUGAGUGGUUGCAGAAGCAGGGGGUCUCGGGCCCAUGAAGUCCAGCAGGAGCCGGGCUUCUGCAAGUGGGUGGUGCGGGAGAGCCAGAAAGACGACGCCAGCGAGAGGUUGACGGACUUCGCCGCGUGGUUGCAGAAGCGUGGCGUUGAGGCUGGGUACAGCUGAGCGGAGGGGCCCUCAGCCAUUCUACGGAGGAAGGGGGGCAGGAGGGGUGCGACGACUACGCCGAAGAUACUACGCCGAAGAUCCAGCAGAUGCUGCAGGGUCCCCUGGGCCCGCCGCGGCGCGGCGGGCCCAGGGGACCCGCGGGCCGCGGGCCCUGGCGAGGCCAUCCCAGACACCGCGCGUGCCACGGCGGGGGUGCGCGUGGGCUCCGCCCGCGAGUCCACGCUGCGGCCGGCACCUGUGGGGGAAAG